UCAAACAAGUUUGCAAUCAGCUUCCAGUUUGACGUCUGUUUAUAUAUAAUCAACUCGCAAUAAUCGGCUUACAUUUACAAUAAUUACCGCUCCUUAUUAUCACUGACUUUCAGCAUCUCAUUCACCAUUAAUUUACCGAGUAAAUUCCAUAACAAAUAUCAUACCAUUAUCACGAUUAAGUGACAUUUAAAAUUGUGCUCUGUAUUGUUAAUGAUAAAUUUCAUAUUCCAAUAACAGUGGGUUCGUUUGUUUGUUAAAGUGCAAGUAUAUACUCGUAAGACGGUGUUAGAACGACAGUGUAGUGUGUUGUUUCUUUAUAUGAUCUGUCUGCUGUAGCAAUGGUGUUUACAAUUACUAAAAACGUGAACAUUACAGACGAAGAUCGUGGUUGUGUUCUAAAACAGUAUGCGUUAUCUUUUAUUGUGAGUUUACCCUUCUUUACCCAUGGCGUUGAAAGCAUUAAUCUCACUAUCACGAGUCACUCGGGCCACUUCACAUCGCCCGAAGUUAUACCUUGGACGACUUUGGGACUACUGCUUGGAUCUAUCAUCAGUGUACUUAUGUAUAGCUAUGCUAUUGACACUUGGGGAAGAAAGUUUGGGAUUUUCAUGAUUGUUCUAUUACAAGGGGUGUCAUGCAUACCCCUUCUAAUACAACCGAACGAUGCAACCCUUAUUGCUUUGCACGUCUUAUCAGGUGUAUCAACAACUGGCCUUUUCAUAUGCAUACCAGUUUACAUACGAGAAAUAUGCGAUGAAAAGUUUCGAGCAGCAACUAUGUCUUUCAUGGUGAUAAUGACUUCGGCAGGCUAUUUAAUGAGACUGGCUCUUGAUGCUGAUAAUAGGCUAUAUUUGGUGGCUGGGCUGGUUUUGGUGCAAAUCGUCUCCUUGAUAUUGACUGUGGAGUCUCCUGCUUAUUUGGUGAAAGUUGGGAAGUUUGAGGCAGCAAAAUCGUGUAUGGGCAAGUUAAAAUGCCUCUCUGUGAACGAUACUCAUGUCGUCAACCAAAUCUCACUACUAAAAGAAGAGAGCGAGCGUGCCAAGCCAAACGGAACCCUGCGCUGGUAUCAGAUAUUUAAGAAUCAAAUAUGGCGGGACGAGAUAAAAAUAGGUUUAAUGCUUUACACUACAAUAACUCUCAGUGGAUGCAUCUUAUUCCUUGACCAAGAGAAGAUUUUGAUACAGUUGAACACCUCUACGGACCCUGAGAAGAUAAUGGUGCCAAUAUGUUUGUUUGUUGGUGGGGUAUUCUGCGUCAUUCUAAUAAGGAUAUUCGAAAGAAAAUACCUUCUAACAUUCGCCUUCUCAGUAAUGGUUUUAUCCAUGGGUACACUAGCAGUGUUUACGCAGGCUGAUCUGACAGUGACGUCAUCAAGAUGGCUGCCCGUGGCUGCGCUUGGAGUGCUCGUUUUUGGUUAUGGUGUCGCGUGGGGUGUACCCACUAUUAUUAUGGUGGAGAUGCUGAAUUUAGAGAUCCGGACCACAGUUUUGGGAAUUGUUUACACAUAUUCCCAAAUAUUAAGGCUUGCCCAUGUUUCCACAUUUAAAUACAUAGAAGACUACAUGGGAAUUUACACACUCCUAUACAUUUUUGCCUGCAUCAACCUAUUUGGUGCAGUGUACACAAUUUCAAAUGUGCCGUACAUAAAGAACCAGAAUGUUAGACAAAUAGAAAAGCAAUUGAAAAAGGUCCCUAUUAUAAAAUAAAUAUAUUAUUAAUUAACGGUUAA